AUGGCGCUGCCGGUGUCAACAGCCGCGUUGGAAAUAUUCGUAGACGCCAACCCAGAAGCAUGGUUCUCGCGGCUUCGAGGCCAAGCACUCCGCCCCGAUCUCAACCGAGCAAAAGCGUCGGUACGCAACCGAGAGAUUUUCCUCGUCGAUCUCCUGGAGGAACAUGGCGGCAAGCCAGAGGGCCAUUAUAGAAUCUCCGCCCGAACACACCCUUCCUUCCCUAGGGUUUUGGCAGGGGCCAUGUUCAAGGACAAGGCCGGGUUAUGGUGUCUCCCCAAUCGCAGCGAUAUUGCAUUGUACAAAGAGGAGAAGGAGGAAGCCGACUUGACAAAGCGAUCCCGUGCUCAAGUAGAGGCGAUGUCGGAAUAUGACAUGGUGAGACGGAUGCAUGAAGAGGGUUGGAUAGAGGAGGCAGGCCGUGCUCCGGUGAUAGUGCCUGGGCCAGAAUGGCAAGUCAGUUUGCGAGAGGAAGUCGAUGAAGCGCUUGUUUCGGCCAUACACGUGGAGAUAAAAAUUUGUCAGCGUUUCCAGGAAGUCCUCAGAAGGGCGAAGAUAAGCCCGGGGACGCUGCCCUUGAGGGAGGAGUUGGAGAAAAUUGAGGAAGAGAUGGAAAAAGUCAAGCUUCUCAAGAGGCUUCUAGAGAGCCUGAACCGUUACCUCAACAGCAGAAACAAGAUUCAAUCUCCUCUGAAAGUAUUGAUGAUCGACCCCAUCAGGGCCUACCUCUCGGCCACGGUACACCUGUUCUGGGUUACAGCCAACCGUUUUCAACUGGCCUCUUGUUCCUGUGUAGAGAUGCCUGAGUCAAAGAAGAAGGCGAGACUGGAUGGGGGUAGAAUUCUGAGGCAAUAUGUGGCGGCCGUGCUGUGCGCGGAAAAGGGAAGCCACAUAAUCGACGCCCAAGAGGGUAGAAAAAGGGUCACGAAGACCAUCAAGGCUGGACUGAGAUCCACCUACAUCGAUCCAGAACCUGACUUGCUCGACUGCCUGUGGUAG